CAGCUCUCCUGGGGGUCUCCAGACAGUGACCAGGAGGUGUAUAUAAGACCUGGCGAGGAUGUUACCACCACUGAAGUUAGCCAGGACACCGCACAAAGAGGACACUUAAACCCUGAGCAGGACGAAUCUUUCCUCUGUUCUCCAGGAGCCGAGCUUUUGAAGUCAACAGGUGUAAUCAGGACAACCGAAAUCUUCCUCUACCUUUGUCAUUUCAUCAUUCAUCUGACCUCCUCUCCAGUUUGAGACCAUGGACACAGCUGCGGUGGUGACUCUUCUGGCUUUGGUUCUGGCGAUGGCUGGCGUUAGUCAGGCUCUUCACAUCCAAGGCAGUCUGGACAAAAAUAACAUCCUGCCAGGCUCGGAGGAGAACAUGGUGGACCACCUGCUGGGGCUGGAGAGUGAAAACACAGAUAACAGCAUUGAUGACCGUCUACUGACUGCAGUGCUGAGAGCUCUGCUGCUCGGAUCUCAGAGAGAAACCAGGAACUCUGUCCUCCAUGAGCCACAGAGGUUUGGCCGCCGCUCCAGAGGGCAGGUAGUGUCGGAGGAUCAGAUACAUUCCCAUGACUGGGAGGCUGUCCCCGGUCAGAUCUGGAGUAUGGCCGUGCCCCAGAGAUUUGGCAAGAAAUAAUCUGGCAGGCAGAUCCACACAUCACUGUCCUGGCAUAAGGCCAAGCAGUGGGCAACUGUGGAGAGACAAAAUCUGAAUGAAUAAAUCUGAAUUAUUUUAAAACUCUCACGUUUUUGUCAACAUUGUCCCAGCCUAUUAGGCCUUACUUGACACCCAACGUUUAGUUAAAGGGAUAGUUUAGGUUUUUUUCACAACAAUACAGAGCUGAGCGUCUGUGGCGGAGCAGCUGUCUGUUUCUCCAAACUGGCUGCGGCCGACCCCCAUCUACUGUAGGUAAUACAAUGACUUUCAAUAAAUACCUCAUACAUCCCCACUUCAAAAACCCUGAACUAUCCCUUUAAAGAUGACAUGGGCUUCAUUUUACAGUUUUUUCUGAUUUCCAACACUGUAAAGCAUGUUGACGAGCGCCUAUUAAGGUUUUCUGAGCAGACCUCAUUUGUCCUGACUGGAAUGUUAUUUAUGACUGAAAGUGUUUGCUGUAAAUUGAUCGCUUAAUUUUUUUUUUCAGUUCUCUGGUCAAAUAAAAAAGCUUUGAACUUGGAAAAGAUAAA